UUAUUGGACCUUCUAAUGAACUCUAUACCCAAACCAGAAAAGCAUUCUGAAUCAUUGCUUGACAUUUGUCAUGAUACAGAUUCUUCUUCAAGUGAUAUAAUAGUUACUGAAAAUCAAAAUAUAAUCUUGCAAAGCAUCAGCAGCAGUGAGGAGAUUGACCAAGACAGUGACUGCAGUCUUUCCCUUCUGGUUGGUGAAGAAGAAGACUUAAGUAAUGAUAAACAAGACUGGAAACCCAGGACACAAGGUGUUGAGAUUAUUGUUGCUUUUCCAAGAGAUGUCAAUGACUCUCAAGAAAUGAGCCAAGAAGACUUCAAAGAAAACAAUCAGAGAUCAUUGGUGCAUCGAGAAUGGACACAAGCUCACUCUGUUUCUCUUCCAAAUGAGAUUAAAAUGGUGAGCGUCAAGACAAAGAUGCUGACCAUGCCACCUUCACUUCUGAAGAAAGAGGAAAGUUCCAGGGCAGACUGUUUUGUGAAUUUGGAUUUUUUGUUGCCAAGACCUUGCUUAGAACAAAUUACCUCCAAGUCUGUAGCCAGAGAUGUUUUUCACUUUAUAAAGGGGCAGCAAAGGAAAUCUGAAGAUUUUUCUACCUCUGAUGUGAAGUACAAUAGACAAAGAGUUGAGCAGUCUCUGCGACCAUUGUCAUUCUUGCCUAUGAGACCUGGUCUUUUUACUAUUCCCCCAAGUCACAAGGAUCAAAAGGAGAGAGAAAGAAAUGUUUCAAGCCUCAUAUCUUUUGUUCCUAAACAAUCAGAACUUGUGAGUGGAUCUGAUGUGUUUCGACCAUCAAAUAAGCAGCAGGAAGCCCCAUUAAAAGUGUUUGUGGAACAGACUGUCAAGUCCCCUUAUGUCUCCAUUUGGUCCAGAAACCUGUGCUCAUUUUGGAAGGCUAACCAUCACAGACAACACCUGGAGAUGGAGGAGGGUCCAAAAUGGAAGAAAACAGAAGAAUAUGACAACAUCGAAAUAUCCCAUUUUGAAAAAAGGCGGUCUUUGGUAUCUUUUGAAAAUUUUAAGGAAUUUUCCAUGGACAGGGAAAUGGAUUUUGACUCUCUUGAUGGUGAAAUGAGAAAAGAAGAAAACUUUCAUUAUCUAGCAUCCCAAAGGAAAGAAGAUUCAGAAGCUAGUAACUAUGAACAAGAUUCAGAAAUGUUGUGUGCCAUGCCAAUUGCAUUCCAGGAAAUGCAGCAUUUGAAAAGAACUCAAAACCAGGCUGAAGAGACUAGAAAUGACAAAUCUGAUUCAAAAGUCACUUCAGUACCUGAUGACAAAGAAGUGGCCUUAAAUCACAUUUUAGAAGAGUUUUCUGAAUUUAAAGGUUUGCCCAUUGAAGUUCCUGAUGACCCCAUUGAUGCUCUUCCACACAGUCAAAUGAACAUAGAGAAAAACACAAAAAUAUCAAUACCAAAGAAAACCAAACCAGAAAUGAAUGGGCUUGUGCCACAUAUACACAUCACUUUCCCAGGAGAAAGAACUCUCAAGGGGCAACCAGUGACCAAACCAAGUCUCCAAAAAAGAAAGGGCAUUCUUCAUAACAACAGUUUCAAUAUGUUAGCACAUCAAGAAAGUGAUAGACAUAAGCCAAAAAUCCAUAGAAAUAAGAUGGAUUCAAAAACCCAGAGUAGCAACAGAGCACCUCAGAAUUUCAUGGUUACUACAGAAAGCACCAUGAAACCUAACGUGCAUAAAUCCAGCAUAAAAACACAAGUCUUUCCUGCUUUGGGGCUUGACUCCAAGUCUCGGCAAUCAACCAAGUUUCAAAGAAGGAUGCCACAGAUAGAAAAGAAGGCACCAAUGUACCGGGCUCUGAAACCUAAAAAGCAAUCAUUUCCCUAUAUCUGUAAAAGCUCAGGAACAAAAAAGUCCUCUGUUCAACCAACAGAGCCAAGACAUACUCACUUAGAUCUCAAGUACAGUGACAUGUUCAAAGAAAUAAAUUCAACUGCUAAUGGACCUGGAAUCUAUGAAAUGUUUGGGACUCCUGUCUAUUGCCACAUGCGAGAGGCUGAACGGCAUGAAACCAGGCAUCACCGAGACAUAUGCUCAGCCCCAUCUGGCAAAUGUAACACUAAUAAAUGCCGGACUUCACACAUUGAGCGAAAUAUCAAUAUUAGAGCAAGACUUCCUCAGAAAAGGCCUCAUGUUAAGCCCACUAAAGCCUCAAUUGGCAUUAAAAAAAAGCACAAAAGUUUAAUUUCUGAAGAAAAAGGAUGCAAGACUGUCAGCAGCAACUUACAAAUCACCAAAAAUGGUAAUGGUAUUCUGGAACCAGAGAGGCAGGUAACAUCAGAAAAUGACUUUCAGUCCCCCAGAGAUGAUGUCAGGUACAUGAACUUGACUCAGACUCAUGAGAAGUCUAUUGAACAGAACGAAUUACUUCCAGUCCCAAGCUUAUCUAUUAUUGAAGAAAUCUCUAUGGAAGAAUCUCCUGAUGAAGGAGACAUUUCUAGCAAUCAAAUACUUGCUACAAGCCUCAGGGAUCUUCAUGAUCUUGAAGAGCUACAUCAACAGACUCCAUUUUUCCUUUCAGGUAACAGCUGGGUAAUGCCCAAAGAGAAGAGUUCCAAUGAGCAGUUACUACAAGAUAAGGAAGAUAAAGCGUCUCUUGGUAAAAUAAAUGCCAACCAAUUUUUAGCUAAUGACCUAGCAUUUGAUAGUGUUUCCGAUAAAUCUCAAACCCUUAAUAAUUUCUCUUUUCAAGAUAAAAAAGAAAACGUGUCUUCCCCAAUAGAUCAACACUGGGCUCAUUCCUGGGAUGAUGAUAGUUUAGCUGACAAAUCAGUAAUAUGUCAAAGCUUUGGAAAAACUUUAACUGAUGCAAGCCAAACUUCCCAAGAGAUUGUAGACUCUCUACAGAGAGAGGAAUUGACAGAUGAACUAUUAGGCUGUCUAGCUGCAGAACUGUUGGCUCUUGAUGAAAAAGAUAAUGAAACUUGCCAAAUAAUGGAAAAUGAAACAGAUCCUGAAAACAUCAAUCUUCUCUUUGGUGGAAAUGAAAAUACAAGGGAGGAAAUGGGCAGGGAGAGGACAAAUGUGGAAAUACAGCAAUAUAAUAAUAGGUUCAGAAUAUAUGACAAGGAGAAGAAAUGUCUCAAAUCAAAUGGAAAGAUGACAUUUUCUGAAAAUACUUUAAAAUAUGAAGAACCUACCCUCUGGACCAAGGGUGAGAUCCUUGGGAAGGGAGCCUAUGGCACGGUAUAUUGUGGUCUUACUAGCCAAGGGCAGCUAAUCGCUGUGAAACAAGUGGCUCUAGACACCUCUGAUAAACUGGCUACUAAAAAGGAAUACCAGAAACUGCAAGAAGAAGUUGAAUUACUCAAAGCACUGAAACAUGUCAAUAUUGUAGCCUAUUUGGGGACAUGCUUGGAAGAAAAUAUUGUGAGUAUUUUCAUGGAGUUUGUUCCAGGUGGCUCUAUUUCUAGUAUUAUAAACCGCUUUGGACCAUUGCCAGAAAUGGUGUUCUGUAAAUACACAAAACAAAUUCUGCAAGGUGUUGCUUAUCUCCAUGAGAACUGUGUGGUGCAUCGAGAUAUCAAAGGAAAUAAUGUUAUGCUCAUGCCAACUGGAAUAAUAAAGUUGAUUGAUUUUGGCUGUGCCAAACGUCUGGCCUGGGCUGGCUUAAAUGGAACACACAGUGACAUGCUUAAGUCAAUGCAUGGGACACCAUAUUGGAUGGCACCAGAAGUCAUUAAUGAAUCUGGCUAUGGAAGGAAGUCAGACAUAUGGAGCAUUGGCUGUACUGUGUUUGAGAUGGCCACAGGAAAGCCUCCACUAGCUUCUAUGGACAGGAUGGCUGCUAUGUUUUAUAUUGGAGCACACCGAGGACUGAUGCCUCCUUUACCGGAACAUUUCUCAAAAGAUGCAGCAGACUUUGUGCAUGUGUGCCUAACCAGGGAUCAGCAUGAGCGACCUUCUGCUAGCCAGCUUCUCAAACACUCCUUCUUGAAGAGAAGUCACUGAAUGUUCAAGACUCCUGUUCCAUUACAGGCACUCCAUUUCAUUGUGGAAAUGAUGGUUGAAGGACCUGUUUUCCUACAUGGAAGUCAGUCAAACUUAACUAGAUCUGACAGUGUCACUGAAAGUUUUAGUUAUAAUAUUGGCUUCCCCAAA